AUGGGGGACCCAACUCCCCUCAAGGAGUGUCUUAAAUGUCCUCUUUAUGCUUACAGCCUACCACCGGAGCUUCUGACAACAUUGUCCACCAAAACCACGAAACAGCCUGUCACUGAACAACCCGACGAGAGCGCAAAGCAAGACGUUGAUGCUGUCGUGCAAGAUCUGGCGAUUGCAAUCUCAACAUCUUGCUCCCUCUGUAAGGUCUCCUAUCACAAUGUGCACGAACAACGUAGUCAUGUCCGAUCCGAUCACCACCGGUAUAAUAUUAAGAUUCAACUGCGUGGAAACACGCCGCUUGAUGAAGCUCAGUUUACGAAAGCUGUUGGAGAGCUUGAUGAGUCUAUAUCUGGCUCCGACUCCUCGGACUCAGACUCGGACGAAACUGACGGUGACACAACGCUCAUAGCAUUGUUGAAAAAACAGGCCAAGCUAUCCGAGGCGCAGUCCGAGGAAGGGACUGCCACAAAAGUCACAGCCAAGAAUCCACUUUGUUGGUUUUCUAGCUCUGGACUGCCUUCAAACAUAUCGCUGGGCAUAUACAGAGCAAUUUUUUCAAAUACUGAGCAGGAUGAACCUUCUCACUUGGUAGAAACCUUGAAGAAAAAGCAGUUGGCACCCGUACAGGCACGCACAAAUAAGUCACAGAAUCAGGAAACUACCGGCCCUCAUAUCUUCAUGUGUAUGAUUGGUGGUGGACACUUCGCUGCGAUGGUAGUGUCGCUUACGCCUGAAAUCCACCGCAAGCAGGGCGGUAUUCAAGAGCGACAAGCAAUGGUACUCGCGCACAAGACAUUCCACCGAUACACCACGCGACGAAAACAAGGUGGCUCUCAAUCCGCCAGUGAUGCCUCUCGUGGAGCUGCUCACUCGGCUGGUUCAAGUCUGCGUCGCUAUAAUGAGGCUGCACUCGAGAAGGAUAUUCGAGAUUUGCUUUCGGAUUGGAAAGAGAUGAUCGACACCUCGGAACUGCUGUUCGUCCGAGCUAGCGGAACAACAAACCGAAAAAUCUUGUUCAACCAAUAUGAGGGGCAGGUUCUCAAGCAGAACGAUCCCCGCAUGAGAGGCUUCCCCUUCAACACUCGUCGCGCGACUCAGGGAGAGCUCAUGCGAUCCUUUAAAGAGCUGACUCGGGUUAAAGUGAGUGAGGUUGAUGAGGCCGCGCUGGCGGCAGCAGCGUCGGCUGCCAAACUGAAGGAGGAGUCUAAGCCACUCACCCCUCGUCCGAAGCCCCAGAAGCCCAAUUUGUCCAGAGAGGAAGAGGAUGCUCUGCUGCAAACUUCGCAAAUCCAGUCCCUCAUCAGGCGAUCUAAGGUCCCUGGGCUGAUGACUUACCUCGAGAACAACUCGAUCCCAUCCUCAUUUAUCUUCCAGCCAGCACAACAAGGUCAAUUUUUCCGUUGUCCCACCCCUCUCCACCUCGCAGCAAAUCACAAUUCUGCUGCUAUUGUGACCGCUCUUCUUACAAGAGCCGGAGCGGACCCCACCAUCCGCAGCCAUGAGAGUAAAACACCAUUUGAGCUCGCAGGGGACCGUCCCACUCGCGAUGCGUUCCGUAUUGCUCGUCAUGAAUUGGGCGAGGACAAGUGGGAUUGGACCAAAGCCAAUGUCCCAUCUGCCGUGUCCAAAGCAGAGGUGGAGAGUCGUGUUGAGACUGAGCGAAAGGCUGUCGAAAUAGAAGAAACCAAGCGCCGCAAGGCCGAAGUUGAACGACUGAAGAAGGAAGAUGCGAAAAAGGCAUCCCAAAGAGUGACGAAAUCAGGUGGUCGAGCUCUGGGAGUUGGCAAGACGGCAGCCGAGCAACGUGAGGAGGAGACUCGAGGCAUGACACCUGAGAUGAGGAUGCGAUUGGAACGAGAGCGACGAGCCAGAGCUGCUGAAGAGCGCUUUCGCAAUAUGCAGAGCAAAUGA